AUGUUGCACCUGAGAUGGCGGGUGGACUGCAGGACUCCAACGAGAACGUUACCGCUUGAGCCCAAUCGGUCUAGAAGGGCGAUCUCUGGCACGCGUUCCAUGGGUACCAUGGGCCGAUCUACUUGUGCUGGCGCUACUUCUGGAGCGGCUUAUGGGGCCUUUCGCGCCGUCAGCUGGAAAAGGAAAAACAGGAGGAAAGUAGCAAGAGGAUUUUUUCGGCGAAAAGCCCGCGAGACACAGCGUUCCAAGUCGGAGGUGCCGUUGUCACGCUUUCCCUUGGUUUCACUGGGGCAACUCCAGAAGACCCCAUUCGACUUCCUGGAUGACGCAAAUCGAUUGGAUCCCUACGCCACACUUCAGAUUCCAGUUUUUUCAGGGAAGCGGCAGAUUCGCAAGGCUUAUGCAAAGCUCUGCAAGCAACAUCAUCCAGACCUACACCGAGGGCGAGAAUCCAUGGAAUGGAUGCUAAUCCAGAGGGCAUACCGCAUUUUGACGGAUUCAGAGGAGCGGGUCUACUACGAUGCGGCUCGGAUGACCCGGAAUGCUUUGAGUGCCACAGAGGGCUUUGCAGCUUUUGCAUUUUCUGCAGCACAGCAGAUGGGCUCUGUGUUGGCAGAUGCAACAGAGGCGGCUGCCUCCGCUGCCGUGCGGCUUGCAGGCUUUGGUCGCUUCCUGGCAAAGGAAUCUCAGGCUUGGGCCGAACGAGGCCUUGAAAGCCUGGAGUUUCAGGAGGCAUCCGCCGAGGCCGAUGAACUUCGCUCCAAGCGGGCCGACACCUUGAAAAGAAUCCGGCAGCUGAAGCAGGUGGUGGCGUCAUUGGACGAGUUUAUAGAGAAAGGGCAGUUGGAAUGUCUCAACGAAGACAAGGCCAAUCCAGUGGCCAAUGUUUUGGACGAUUCGCCGGAGACUUUCCUGUCUUCGGAUGAAAACGUGGACCAUCAGCUCUUGGUCAAGGUGCAGUUCCGUGUGCCUGUGAAGCUUUGGGCAACAAAACAAAAAGAAUAUAGUCUGAGCCUUUCUCAGACUGUUUGAUCUCAGCAGCUCAAGCGCUACACAGCUCGAGAGAAUAAGUAAGAGGAGAGGGAAGAGAGCAUUGGUUCGGAGUAGGGCUUGUAGUCACAGUUGCUGUGACAGGGGGGUUCAUGACGC